UACCCUACCCCCCCCCGACUUUUGACAAUGAGCGGUAUGCGUCCGGGCAGCGUUUGCGAUACCACGCCGCUGCAGAGAUUCGAGAGCCAGAGCAGCAGUAGCGAGGAGCCUUCUUCACCGACGGCGGCGAGCAUUAUAGCCGCGGCUAAUGCUGGGGCAACCUCUAAUCCCAGCCACAAUAACAACAACAAUGUGAAACUCGACUUACAGAUGCCAACGUUCGUUGGAGGCCAGCGCCAAAAUGGAACAGGAUCCAAGCCGAUGCGUGGUCCCCGCCAGAUAUUCUACCGGAUCUUUGUGGACCUCUGCUUGCUCAGCUGCGUGGGGCUGCCUAUGCUGGGAUUUUCCUUGUGGGGCGAGCCUUUCAAAAGAGGAUUCUUCUGCAAUGACAACUCCCUGUUACAUCCUUACAAGGAGUCUACUAUGCGCAGCUGGGUGCUAUACUUAAUGUGCGGAAUCUUGCCGGUUUCAGUGAUUCUUAUAGUGGAGUUCUUCAGAGCCCAGGACCAGCGUUUAAAUGGCCCUUUCAACAAGUCGGGCAGUGGCUACCAUAUCUGCCACUUGGAGCUGCCAAAAUGGCUGGUGGAGUGUUAUCGUCAUAUAGGAAUUUUUAUAUUCGGCCUAGGAGUAGAACAACUAACUACAAACAUAGCCAAGUAUGCUAUCGGGCGGCUGAGACCCCAUUUCUUUUCUCUUUGUCAACCUGUUUUGCCGGACGGCAGUACUUGUAAUGAUCCAAAGAACUACGGUCUUUAUAUUGAGGACUUUGCCUGCUCCGCAAUGGACAUCACUUCGAAGCGAAUGAAGGACGUACGCCUAUCGUUUCCCAGUGGACACGCCAGCUUUUCCUGCUACGCCAUGCUCUAUUUAGUAAUUUACUUGCAUAACAGAAUGCAGUGGCCACGCUUGCGCAUGCUGCGAAACUUACUGCAGUUUAUGUUGAUAAUGUUCGCCUGGUAUACGUCUCUCACUCGAAUAUCGGACUACAAACAUCAUUCGUCCGAUGUUUUAGCAGGUGCUUUCAUUGGCAUUUUUUAUGCAACAUGUGUGACCGCGACUACGUUAUAGGAAGGCAUCUUAAGACAACCGGGGGUUACAAACCCCAAGACCCCACCGCGCUGAGCUGCUACUGCUUUAAGAUGUCUCAUCCCUUUAAAUUUCAGUUUUAUUCUAGUUUUAACUUUUGACCAUGUCUAAGCUAGCUAUUUAUCUAUGUGUGUGACAAAUUUUACUUAAUAAAUUUCAGUUAAAUAUGUUGUAAUAACUAA